GCAGCUGGACGUGUCCAUCUCGGAGGGCCAGCGCGUCCAAGAGGCGCUGGAGGACCAGGGACAAUCUGAGCGGCGCGCCAAGAUCGCCAACGACCGGCUGCGGCUGAUGCGGGGCAAGGUCAUGCACGACCUGGAGAACCAGAAGACGCGCGUCCGGACCCUGUUCCUGCGGCAUCUUCCCGAGCUCGGCAACGUGGACGUGUCGGAGUUCACCGAUGGCAUGAGCAAGUUCAAUCCGGCGGACUUCUACGAUGCCGACAUGGAGAAGGAGGUACAGAGCGCCUGCGACGCCUUGAAGCACGACUUUGAUCUGGAGAGGUCAAAACUGCUCAACGACAUAGAUGAACUGACCAAAUCGAUGGAGGGGCUGAAAGAGAAGCUCUUCCUGGAAACCAGGAAGUCAACCACGCUGCAGGCCAAGCUGGACCAGGCUUCCAAGGUGCCGUCGCCCAAGGCGUCGUCACCCAAGUCCGAUCCCACCAGCACGGACGUCUUGACGGCGAAGGCCGCGAUUGAUGCCGCGCAGGCGGCGAAUGCCGCGGUGAACCUGCCGAGGAGAGCGAACGGGCUUCGCAGAGCAAGGAGGCGAUCGCGCAGGCGUUGA